UGAAUCAUCACGUAAUGUUUCUGGAAUUGAAUUUAUGAAUGAAGACAACUAGACAAGCGCUGGCAACAUUUACGGAGCCUGAACGGGUCGAGUGCGAGUACAUUAAGCAGGUAGAUCUACAACAUUUGGAAUGGAUCACUGUUACGCCUCAUACUCUAGCAGGACACAAGGCAGUUCCACAGAUGACCUGGAAAUAAGAAAUGUCAAGGAUACAACUGUGAAUGUCAAUAAGACUUUGUCACACUGUGUGCAGAAGAAUGUGGUUGUAAUUGCUGGCCAGAAAGUAAAAGAUAAUCAACACAUGGAAACGAAUGUUGACUCUGAUCAUUUAGCAGGUGUCAGGCGAGUGAACACAGAUUCAAUGAGUGGGCCAGCACAGAGACAGCGGACAGAGAAAGAGAAGAUGGUCCUCCUUCAAAAACAGCUCCUAGAAAUCCAAAGGAAACAAACACAAUGUCUUCUCAAACUCAAACAGGAAAGUAAGAAAGUCCAAAAGCUGGAAAGAGACGCCCAAAAGAGCAAUAUCGACCGGGAGAACCUGAGUUUGACAAAAGAGCAGGUCGUUGCCGGAGCGAAGCGAUUCAUGACAGAACCAGUGGUGUCUUUCUUUGCCGAUCAGAUGGAUUACCAAGAGACAGAAGGUGAGGUGAAGAGUAGAAGAUGGAGUUUGGAAACAAGACGGUUUGCCCUGGAAAUGUAUUUUCUGAGUGCUCCCGCAUAUCAGUUCCUGGAAAAUGUGUUCCAUCUUCCGGAUACCUCAGAGAUAAAGACUUGGGCAGAAAAGGGAAUGGAUUGUGUUUGAGAAGUCCUGGAUGUGUACCUGGUGCUCACAGUGCUUCCCACGUAUGCUUCCUACAUCUCUGAAGACCUCUUCUUCAACAUAAGGCCUAAAGAAAAAGAUGUAUUGCCCUUUAAGUGCCAAAACAUGGGUCUGUCGGUCGGAAACCUUUUUUAUUUUCAUAUAUAUUCUCCCUCUUUUGGCAUAUAUUUCUCAGGUUUAAAAAAAAAAAACUUUUUUAAAAAGCCGACCGUAGAUUUCAAGAUUUUUGGGUUGGUCACAAAGGGCAAUACAACAUCUUUUUUUUGUGGCUAACUGACCUCUCAGAAAUGCAGUUGUGGGUUGAGGAGGGAAUGGACAGUGAUUGACAAGUCCUGGGUCUGUAUCAUUUGAGUGCACCAGCAUAUUUAUAAGUUCCUAGAAGAUAGAGGUCUUUCUCUUAGCCGAUAUUGUAGAAAUUCUGUCCUGGGUUCAGAAUGGAGUAGAUUGUGAUUUAAAAGUGCACCUGAUAUCUUGGAGAUGCAGACUUUGACAUAAAUUGGACGCAGUAUGUAUUGGUGGCGGGUCAUAAAUUGGAUGCAUAUUGGACACAUGCACAAUACAUGGACAUGCUAACUUCAUCAGCACUGAUCCAUCAUGUGAGCUUGAAAAUAAAAUAGUUUUCAUUUCUCUUGGGGGAAAGGGGGGGGGGGGUGAUAUCUUGCCAUAAGGCUCUCUUUACUAUCGCUAAAAAUAAGUUCUACAGGUCACAUCCUUUCAGUUUGCAGAGCUUUGGAAUAUUGUACUAAAAUUGCCAGAAUGUAUAUAAAAUUGUGAUACUGUUGAAAACUUCAAAACACGUCUGAAACGACUUAUGGAAGAAUGCGGAGCAUCUCUCUCUUCUCUAUUCUUUUCUUUUUCUCUUUUCUUUUCUUCCUUCUCUCCAUUACAUCACAUACAUGUAGGGACAUGUUUGUGAUACCCGGUAUGCGCUAUAUACAUGUACGUAUGGCUCAUUGUUGUUAUCAUUAUUACGUUGUAUAGACGAGAAAGCUCUGAAUUGUACAGUUAUUAAAUUGUGUCCAAUUGGUCACCUUCAAAGAAAUUGUAUAUAAUAAGAAUAUAAGAUGUAUAAGCUAUACACACUUGCACAAAAAAUUAGUUUCCAUGCAGUUGAUAUUUUCAGUAUUAUUAAUUUUCUUGGGUGGUAUUCUGAAAAACUUAUUUUUCAAGAUAGUAAGAAGUAUGUUGUCAAAAAUAUGAAUUAGGGCAAGUCAUUUGUUAAUAAUAAUAAUAAUAUUGGAUAUUUAUAUAGACACAUAUCCACCCUGCAGGGU